AUGGAAAUGGAACAUUCAUGUGAAGUAUACCCCGCAGACGCCAGCACCAUAAUUUCUUCCGACAAUUUCAUCUCAUCUUCUUCAAGCGAACAGUACUUUAAGAUCGAGGUCGAAUGCAAACGCUAUCUUGUUUGGGAUGGUAUCGGUGUAGACCGUUUUACUAAUUCCACUGAGUGUGGUUUCUCAAAUAUCAGAAAGCAAGACAUAGAACGGUCGGUACAUAUGCUUUUGUCUUACUUUAAUGUUCCUGAGAAUGAUCGACCUCGUAGUGCAGCAAAAAUCUUGGCUUGUGCCCAACACAUGGCGAAUGUGACGCACAAGAACCACAGGAUUAUGGGUAUGCGUGUUGUUAUAACAAAUACUACUCUAAUUUAUCAGUAUGAAUAUCGUCUUCGUAGGAUUUUGGAAGAAUCAAUGAAUGAUGAAGAUGAAGUUCUGAGAGCCGACCCUGCGUGCAAGUCAGCCAUUGAGGGGUUGGAAAGGGUGAAGGUAGAGCAAAUAGAAGGGACCAGUGUGGGAAAAUAUGGUAACUGCACAAUUUGCUUUGAAGAUUUUGCAAUUGAUUCAGAAGUUCUUCGAUUGCCAUGCUCCCACUUAUUUCAUGGCAAAUGCAUCAUUAAUUGGUUACAAAAUCGCAACACUUGCCCUCUGUGUCGUUUUCAAAUGCCUACAGCUUAUGAUCAAUGA